AUGUCUUCCAACACGGCGGGCCCGUUGGCUGCAUUGACCAGUGCUGGCGGAAGCCGGCGUCUCAACCCCCGAGUAGGAGAUCUUACGCUCGCCCAGUCUCCAGUCCCAGUGAAUAACAGGCAUCCUCUGCUCAACUUGGAAAAAGAUGUUGAUGAUCCCACUGCAAACGCCGCUGUUUCCUCCUGCGAUGGCCCUUCCGCCAACACUUCUGCCGCGCUCGCUCGGCUAUUCAUCACUAGCGAUGGGGCAACUCCGGCCAUAUCUCGAGGCCCCUCUCAGAUCCGUUCCAUGUCUAGUAUUGGCAGAAGAUUGGGUGACACAAGCUCAUUGACAGGCCACCUUAUCCACAAUGGCUUUGAAGCAGGCCGCCAUUCGGAUAUCACAGUGCACGCGUUCGGCCAAAGCUACAGGCUUCACAAACUACUCCUCGACCGGGUACCGUUCUUUUCCUCGGCAUUCUCAGGGUCUUGGUCGGAAAGCAUGGCGAAAGAGAUGACAGUGGUACCUGAAGAGAUUGAUUCCAACAUCACCAAGAAGGCCUUCGAGCUGGCGUUGAAGAGGAUCUAUGGUACCCAGUGUUCGGUGCAGGAGGAAGAAGAAGCCGUCGGCUUAUUCGCCACAGGUUGUUGGCUAGACAUGCCUGACUUGGUAGAUUUCUGCGUUGAAGCAAUACUGCGCCAAAUGCAGCCUGCUACACUCCACAGCUUCAUCAAGCUGGUGACUAACAAUUAUUACGGCAAGGCUGGGGACCGUAUUCUGUCUUCCGCGAAAGCCAUGCUUUGUCGGGAAGGCUGGGAAAUGCCAUAUGAAUAUUGGGACGAAAUCCCUGCUGAACUGAUUCGCGAGAUCGUUGGAGGUGACCCCUUCUUCAUCCCUGGUGAAUGGGAUCGUUGGUAUCUGGCCUUAAAGCUGUUGAAUCGACGGUUGAGAGCCAAAGCCGUCGAGGCUGGGCUAGUCUCCCCUGGUGGGCGAUAUCUCCAUCCAAAACCAAGCAGUCUUCAGUUCUUCGCUGUCAGGUUCGACGCGCCCUAUAGAAUCGCGACACAACAUCGAUACGUGUCAGAACGGGAUGAGGCCUGGAUCGCCUUGUACACAUCCCCGGAGAUUGCGCCGCUCUUGGUGUUGCUCGACGAAGGCAUUCACUAUGUCCACCUUCGCUUUGAGCAGUUGCAACAGAUUCGAUCGCAAAGGGACAUCCUCGGCGUUCCAGUCCUUCCAGAAAAGGUCAUUUCUGAUGCAUUAUGGAUGUCGCUAGAGCUUCGACAGAAAGUGCUCAAUGCAGGAGAGGGCGAUAUCGAGCUUGGAUUGAGUGAAUCGGCCGAAGAUUAUGAGGAGGCUGACCUUCAGACCGAGAGAACAGCAACGUCCAGCAAGGGCAAGCUACGGGAGCAGGACUAUAGAAGCCCAACCGAGGCUACACUUGACAUGGAGUCAGGAUCGUGGGAUGGCAAUGGUAGGGCCCGAAAGUUCUGGAUUCCAGAACAUGAUGUUUCGUCUGUGAUGGGCGGCACGCGAGAAGCAUCUGCAGCCGCAAAUGCAACCAUUGGAGCCGACUGGAGCACGCACGCAGCCAGGUUAUCGGCAAUUCUCGAGCCCACUGACGUCGCAUGGGCUCUCGAUUUUGCCACAGGGAAUGUUGUCGAAAGUGGCCGUCCUCCCUCUCGGAGCUAUUCUCCCACUACUCGACCACGGUACAGUUAUUAUCCUCCCUUCAGGUUCUCUGCCGAAUUCCCCAAUCCCCGGACUCUCAAGGAUAGAAAGAGGGUCUACUCGCAGACUGUAUGGUACGCCGGCAGUAUGUGGAACCUGUAUAUUCAGCGAGUCAACACUUCGAAAGUCCAGCAACUAGGCAUAUAUCUGCACCGGGCCAAAGACAAGGACCCACACGACGACCCGCUUGCACAAUUCAUUCCUACUGCUGUGGAUGAUCGUAUCGGGCAGCUGGAGCGUGAGAUGCUGCUUCGAAAGAGCGGACGUCGGACCCAGAAUUGGCGGUCAAACGAGGCCGCGCGAGGGCCAGAAGGCGCACACGAGGACGAGCCUGCUGCCCCCUCCAACGACCUCGACUUUGCCAAUGUUAAUUCCACCCAAGACGGAAGUGCUUCGACAACACGUCGAGCGCGCGGGUCGGCGCAAUCAGGAAAGACCUCACAGACCGCUGGCACGGUGCCGAGCGAGUUCUGUCCUCUCGGCUCUCAGACACUAGAUUCGGACGACGACGACGAGGAACUGGUGCGGAGGCACAAAAAGUACAAUGUUUCCGCCAUUCCGCCUUAUAUGGACUCGCGGCCAACGAUCAAGACGUACUUCAAAAUCUACUCGCCGAGCCGGGCAGGGCGGCUCCUGAGCAUAUACGAGAGUGCGCCCGACAAAUUCGACGUGAGUAAGAGCUGGGGCUGGAAGAGCGGCCAGAUGCAACUUGACGAUGGUCUUGGGGAAUGCGAUGCCAGCAAGGCGAGCAAGGAGGGUAGACUAAGGUACAUGGUGGUGAUUGGGAACAUAUGA